AGAAGCCAACAGAGAUGUGAUCAUGGAUCAUCAUGUUUCCACUAUUAAACCUCGAAGAAUCCAAAACCAAAAUGUCAUUCACCGAUUGAAACGGCGGCGGAUCAGUUCAGGCAAGGCAGGUCCUCAUUGGCACCAGGUUGGAGUGUUCCACCAGAAUGUCUUCCCUAACUUUACAGUUGCCAACGUUGAAAAACCUCCUUGUUUCUUGCGUACAUUCUCACCUGAUGGAUGCUACUUUAUUGCUUUUCCUUCUGACCAGACAUCUCUUGAAAUUUAUGAGUACCAGGGCUGCCAAGCAGCAGAGGACCUAUUGCAGGGAUAUGAGGGGGAGAUCCUAUCCAAUGGCAAUGACCAGAGGUCAGUCAACAUCCGGGGCAGGCUUUUUGAACGAUUUUUCGUCCUGCUGCACAUUACAAAUGUAGCAGCCAAUGGUGAGCACCUGAACCGGGAGAGUAGCCUCUUCACUGAUAAUUGCCGAUGAGUGAUCGUGGGCUCUGCUGCCUACCUCCCGGAUGAGCCUCACCCUCCUUUCUAUGAAGUAUAUCGGAACAGUGAAUCAGUAACCCCAAAUCCACGGUCCCCUCUAGAGGACUAUUCCCUCCACAUCAUUGACCUUCACACUGGCCGCUUAUGUGAUACGCGCACAUUCAAGUGUGAUAAAGGUCUGUCACACAAUCAAGGGCUGUACUUGUAUAAAAACAUCCUGGCCAUCUUGUCUGUGCAGCAGCAGACCAUCCAUGUCUUCCAGGUGACUCCUGAAGGCACAUUCAUUGAUGUGCGGACCAUUGGCCGCUUCUGCUAUGAGGAUGACCUGUUUACUGUGUCGGCUGUUUUCCCUGAAGUACAGCAGGACAGUCAGACAGGCAUGGCCAAUCCCUUUAGGGAUCCUUUCAUCAACUCCCUAAAACACCGGUUGCUGGUAUACCUGUGGCGCCGGGCAGAACAGGAUGGUAGUGCAAUGGCCAAGAGGCGCUUCUUCCAGUAUUUUGACCAGCUGCGGCAGCUGCGUAUGUGGAAAAUGCAGCUUUUGGAUGAAAACCAUCUGUUUAUCAAGUAUACCAGUGAGGAUGUAGUGACACUGCGAGUCACUGAUCCAUCUCAGGCAUCUUUGUUUGUAGUGUACAAUAUGGUGACAACUGAAGUGAUUGCUGUGUUUGAGAAUACAUCGGAUGAACUUUUGGAACUCUUUGAGAACUUCUGUGAUCUCUUCCAUAAUGCUACCUUGCACAGUGAAGUCCAAUUUCCCUACUCAGCCUCCAGCAACAAUUUUGCAAGGCAGAUCCAGCGCCGGUUCAAAGACACGAUUAUAAAUGCCAAGUACGGAGGCCACAUAGAGGCUGUGCGCCGGCAGCUGGGUCAGCUCCCCAUCAGUGCACAGUCCUACAGUGGCAGCCCCUACCUGGAUUUGUCUCUCUUCAGCUACGAUGACAAAUGGGUGUCAGUCAUGGAGCGACCCAAGACUUGUGGAGAUCACCCC